AUGUGCGCCACGAUGUGGCACGAGAGCCACGAGGAGAUGAUACAAAUGCUGAAGUCGGUGCUUCGGAUGGAUGUCGAUCAGAGUGCCCGACGACAGGCCAUGAAGUGGUUGAACGCCAAGUCUACCGACUAUUACGAAAUCGAGAUUCAUAUUCUGUUUGACGACGCGUUUGUCGAUAAGACCUCUUCAGUGAACGGACAGACAAUCACCGAAAGAGUUGUCAAUCAGUUUGUGAAGCAAUUUACGGAAGUGAUUGAUGAGGCGGCCAGUCAUGUUCACGAAUGCAAUAUCCGGCUGAAAACACCGACACUUACGCCCACACCAUAUGGGGGACAACUUGUUUGGACACUUCCCGGUCUUAAUAAACUAUUUGUUCAUUUGAAGGAUAAAAAUCUGAUUCGACAUAAGAAGCGCUGGAGUCAGGUGAUGUAUAUGUAUUACCUGUUGGGCUACAGAAUGAAGGACAUGGACGACGAGAAACGCGACAAAAUAGCAGAGAAUUCAUUCAUUUUAGCACUCGAUGGGGACAUUAACUUCAGACCUAAAGCCGUCAGACUUUUAGUCGAUUUAAUGAUUAAACACAAGAAUUUGGGCGCCGCCUGCGGGCGCAUACACCCCAUUGGCGGCGGACCUAUGGUCUGGUACCAGAAAUUUGAGUACGCGAUCGGCCAUUGGCUACAAAAGGCGACUGAACACGCAUUUGGGUGCGUAUUGUGUAGUCCCGGGUGUUUCUCGCUAUUUCGGGCCAAAGCCUUGAUGUCCGUCAACGUUAUGAACAAAUACACGUCUAUAGCCUCGGAGGCCGUCCAAUAUGUGCAGUACGAUCAGGGAGAGGACCGGUGGCUCUGCACUCUCCUCUUACAACAAGGCUGGCGUAUUGAAUACUGUGCCGCAUCCGACUCUUACACUCACGCACCCGAAGAAUUUGGCGAAUUCUAUACACAGAGGCGUCGGUGGGCGCCGUCAACCCUCUUCAACAUAUGGGACUUAUUGGCCGAAUCCAAACGGACUGUUCGCGUAAAUGACAACAUCUCCCGGCUGUAUAUUAUAUACCAAUUCGCACUCAUGGUCGGCACUGUAUUCGGUCCGGGCACCAUAUUCUUGAUGAUUGUGGGCGCCAUGAAUACCACACUUGGAUUACCCAGUUAUUUGUGUCUACUUAUUAGCGGUCUUCCAAUACUUGUAUUCAUUUUCGUAUGUUUUUGGACCAAAAGUGAUACACAAAUCAAAGUUGCGAUUGUCUUGAGCAUCGCCUAUGCGUUACUCAUGUUAGCCGUAAUCGUGAGCACUAUUAUAGAGAUAGUUGAGGACGGCUUAUAUCAACCGUCGGCCAUAUUCUUCAUCAGUCUGUGUCUCAGUUUCUUAGUGGCGGCCAUCUUACAUCCCACGGAAUUCCUAUGUUAUCUACCGUUCCCUCUAUACAUGUUGUGUAUUCCCUCAAUGUAUCUCUUAUUGACCAUCUAUUCAAUGACAAACUUAAAUGUGGUUUCGUGGGGCACACGGGAGGUGUUGGUGACGUCCGACGCACCGCAACCGCCACCAAAGCCGGCUGAAGACAAAAACGAUUUCAUGAAGUAUUUUAAUGUUAAGAAUUUAUUUCCAAGUAAAGCAAACUCAAGACUUAUUAGUUGUAUGUGUUGUUCAACCGCUGAUCCCAAUGAGGAUAAGGAGAUAUUGAAGGAGAUCACAGAAAUUAAGCACCAAAUCACUGAUUUUAAGACAUCUCUACGAUCGCCUGAUUCUGUGAAAUUUAAUCCCAUAUUCAAUGACAAUAUCACGAGUCCUAUAACUCCGUUGAAUCGCACCACAAGUUCACGACUUCCGGACAUCGAUGAGAAUGAGGACGAAGAAGAUGAAGACCAUUAUCUCAGAAGAUAUCCGUCCGGAAGGGCUGAUCUGCGAAAAUACGACUCAAUGGCCACUGAUGUCACUGUCUUGACGAUGAGUGAAGACAACUUCGAUAGCUUUGAUAACAUCCAGAAGCCGGUCUGGAGUACAGACCAAUGCUUUCAAUACUUUUCUGAACAAGAAUUGGAUGAAAACGAGUCGAUAUUCUGGAGAGAAUUCAUUGACUCUUAUCUCUUACCACUCGAUAGCGAUCCCAAACACGAGGAGAAAGUGAAGUUUGAUUUGAUUGAACUCAGAAACAAAAUCACCUCAGCUUUCGGUCUAUUGAACGCAUUAUUUAUUUUAUUGGUGUUAUUGCUUCAAAUGCACCAGGAUGUUUUUGAAUUCCGCAUAGAAUUAGGAAAUAAUGAUGUGAUCCGGAUAGACGUGAUCGGGUUCAGUUUAGUCAUAUUUUUCGGGAUUAUACUCGUCAUACAAUUCGUGGGAAUGCUUUUCCAUCGGUUCAACACAUUCUCACUCUUACUAUCAGUGACUGAACUGAAAGUCUUUAGACCGGCGAUGGAGUUGACGAACGCCGAGCAAGUGAUCAUGACUGAACUGAAAGUCUUCAGACCGGCGAUGGAGUUGACGAACGCCGAGCAAGUGAUCAGUGAAAAUGCGGUCAAUAUUGUGAAACAGUUGCAGAAACUCAACAGUAAUGACGACAACCAGAAGGUUAAGAGGACUUUGACGCCCAUCCGGCCGGAGACCCAACACAUCGUCAAACGUGCGCCCAAUCGGCCAGAGUUUGUUGAACUGGAGGACGCCUUCCUCAACAGAUGUCUGAGUCUUAAAGACAAUUUAGACAACGAAGAAAUACUCCCGGAAUCCAAACUUUCGAGAGGCGGCCGAAAGAGUACUGUUAGGGGAAGGGAUGUGAGAAAAAGCAUAUACAACAGUGUCCAGGCAAUGGCCACUAUGUAUGCGGACCACGGACUCAACCUCAAGACGUGUCCAUACAAUGCCAGCCAUAGAGUGAAAGCGAGUAAAUACCAGAAACACAUCACUGAAUGCGCCAAACAGUACCCCAACAGCGGUCUCGUCGACUGUCCCUUCAAUGCCAACCAUCGCAUACCGGCCCACGAGUUGGCUCAGCACCAGAUCCAGUGCCCGGACAACGCGGCCACCAUUCGCGGUGUCUUCGAGCGAGCGGUGACUAAACAACGGGACGUAUUGGUGGCCGACGGCACGCAAGUGAAGCCCCAGUGGAUGACUGAAGACGAGUGGUCUGACGAGUACGCCGUCAAGACGGAGGAGGGCUCGCACGCGAAGGUCAGCGCCGGUGACAACAACUAUCAGCACCUCGUAAAGGAUAACAUGACGGCCGAAGAGGUGUUUGACUUGCGGUUCGGCGCAAAGGCCGGCCAAACGGGGAUGGGUUUCAUGGGUUGGGACGCACUGCUGCUGCAGAAGAUGUCGUGGGAAGAGCGCCGCAAAUACCAGAUUAUGUGCGUCGAUAGGAUCAAGCGGUUGAAGAGCGAUGGCGCCGAAGAGGAGGCGCCGGAGGAGCCGACGGAGGCGUUGGACGCGAACGCGAAUGUCGUGCCACAGAAGCCGGUGACUAAAUUGGAGGAUAGCUUUCGGGUACCAAAAGGUAUGCCGUUUGCUGUGCGAAGACCUGUUGAAGACCCGGAUGAGAGUCCGGCGAAGAGGGCGGGUGUUGGCAGAGGACGCCUCUCCGCAAACAUUAGGGCUAAUAUGAAAUGA